GGUAGUAGAGGUAGUGGCAGGCAUUCUACGCCCUUCUCUGCAUUCCUAAUGUGGCCCUGUCAGAGCAGUCCAGACUUUACAGAGGAUCACGUACAGGAGGAUCACAUACAGGAGGAUCACAUACAGGAGGAUCACAUACAGGAGGAUCACGUACAGGAGGAUCACAUACAGGAGGAUCACAUACAGGAGGAUCACAUACAAGAGGAUCACAUACAGGAGGAUCACAUACAGGAGGAGAAUAUAGAUCAGACCGGAAGAAGGAAGCCUGAAGAGACUGACAGAGAGUGUCAGAGAGAGGUGUGAGAGAGAAAGAAGUAGAGAAAUAUUUGUUUUUGAGUCAAGUCAGGGAGAGGGGGCAGGGAGAGCUCAGAGAGAGAGAGAGAGAGCUGUCCAAGGAAGUGGAAGAAUAUCGUAGUACUGACUGUUUCUGAAUACGACCAAAGAGAUCGACAGGAAGAAAAACAUUGGUGAGAAAACAAAAAACAGCCAUCUACAGUCGGUUUCAGUAGGUUAUAGGGUAUAACCGCCUUAGCGUACCGUACAUGACACCAGGAUCUGACUAGAACUAGCAUUGCCAUGGUGACCCUGGACACGCGUACCCUGACAGUGCCCGUGGGCAUCGUGAGAAUGCUGGAGGUGGUCCUCACCUGUAUCUCCUUCAGCCUGGUGGCCUCGGUGGGUCACUUCGGCUCAUCCUACUGGGCCUGGUGCAUGUUCACCUGGGUCUUCUGUUGCUUUGUCACCCUCCUCAUCCUCAUCAUGGAGUUCACCACCCUCCAUGCCCGGGUACCCAUCUCCUGGGAUGACUUCACCACCGCCUUCGCCAUGCUGGCCACGCUCAUGGUGCUGGCUGCCUCCAUCAUCUACCCCACCUUCUUCACCUGUGUCUCCUGUGGGAAGCAGAUCGCUGCCACCGUCACUUCCUGCCUGGCCUUCAUCUUGUAUGCCACGGAGGUGGGCCUGACCCGGGCCAAACCAGGCGAGAUCAGUGGCUUCCUCUCCACCGUCCCAGGCCUCCUCAAGGUCCUCGAGGCCUUCGUGGCCUGCAUCAUCUUCAUCUCGCUGGACCACAGCCUCUACUCGCAGUUUCCAGGGCUCCAGUGGUGCGUGGCGGUCUAUUCGCUAUGUUUCAUCUUCGCCCUCAUCAUCAUCCUCUUUACUAUCUGCCGCCUGCUGUCGCUCUUCCCGUUCCCGUUCGACAAGGUGCUGACGGGCUACAACGUGCUGGCCGUGCUGAUGUACAUGACGUGCGUGGUGAUAUGGCCUCUCUAUAGCUUCCAGAACAACCACAGCAGACCCAGCGGGUGUGGCCGCUCCUGCGACUGGGAUAACCAGGUCGUAGUGGCAUUCAUGACCUGUUUCAACCUUGUGGUUUACAUCGUGGACACGGUCUACUCUUUCAGGCUGGUGUUCUUCGUCACCCCGGCAUAGGUCAAAAGUCAAAGGUCACCCACCUUACCCAACCUGAGCACUGGCCCUGAAACACAGUGCCGGAUCUUAAACGAUAGACUGAACUUUGCUUUUGUAUGAAUACAGCUAACUGCAAUCAUGCUGUUUUUUUUGGAACACUAAUUCGUAUUGAUAGAAUGUUUCUGUAUGGUGGAUAAUAACCGUUUUACUUGGCCAGAUUACAUUUUUGUGAAUGAUAAUGCUUCGUCAUGCAUAAAAUGGGGUUAUAAUUCUGCUAGCAAUUCACAAACCAUGAGGUGGAUAAGAAUGUUGUAGAACGCUUGGAUCCGUACGUAGAUUCAACUUGUAUUUUUUCUUCCCAUCUCAUGUCUUUAAACUACACAAGGAACCAUGCAGUGCACCCUAUUCAGUCCACAUGGGCUGUAAUCAAAAGCAAAUAGAAAGAUCAAAGAGCUGUUCUUGAUAUGUUCAUUUUCUUCUCUUAUUCUGUUCUCCAUUUUAUCUCUGUCGCUCUGGCCUUGAUUCAAUCAAUUCAGCGUUAACCCCUGAUAAGUGACAACUGCAUAGCUGAUCAUUGUUUUUACUGAUUUGACAGCUCCAACGCAGUUACACCUUCGUCAUGGCCCAAAUACAAACAGAUCUGCUAUGCAGUUGUCGGUUAUCACGGGUUAACGCUGAACUGAUUGAAUCUAGGACUCUGUCUCUGUCUCUGUCUCUGUCUCUGUCUCUGUCUCUGUCUCUGUCUCUUUCUCCUCAUGUGUCUACUGUACCUAAUCUAAUCUUGACAAACACACAGUCCAGACAGAUAUGACAGAAUUCAGCUCAAACAUGAAUCUGAAUAGGUACACAUAACUAUUGACAUUUAGCUGACAUGUGACUAAAAUGUUUUAAUAA